AUGGCUCCUUCACCACGAACCAUGCUCUCGCGUCAGCGAACACCCCUCCUCAUUGGCACAUUCAUCGCCGGAAGCUCCAUCUUCAUCGGUCUGAAAUGGCGAGCCGUUAUGCAGCGAAGUGAAGCAGCCAAGAAGGCGACUUCCAAACCUGCAAACUAUUCCGUCGAUACGGGACGAAGCGGUCAGUUUGCCUUUGCUUCAAACCGAUCCUUGCAGUACAAGUUUAUUACAAUAUUACGGACACAUGGCUGA